AUGCACAGAUUUGGAGAAAGGCAGUCUGCCUUCAGGUAUAGUCCUAGAACUUAUACACCUCCUCUGAUAGUAACUAGAACUAUAUGCAAUGAAAAGCCAUCAGAAUGUCUUGAAGCUGCUUGCCCAGAAAGCUGGAUUGGUUUCCAAAGAAAAUGUUUCUACUUCUCUGAUGACACCAAGAAUUGGACAUUCAGCCAGAGGUUUUGUGACUCACAAGGUGCAAAUCUUGUUCAGGUUGAAACUCUCCAGGAAUUGGAGUUUCUAUUGAGGUAUAAAGGCCCCUCUGACCACUGGAUUGGGUUGAGCAGAGAACAAGGCCAAUCUUGGAAAUGGACAGACGGCACUGAAUGGACCAGAUGUUUUCCAAUCACAGGAGGAGGGGAGUGUGCCUAUUUGAAUGAUAAAGGUGCCAGUAGUGCCAGGCGCUACACGGAGAGGAAGUGGAUUUGUUCCAAACCGGACACCUAUGCCCAGAUGAGGAGUCAAAGCCCUAACUGAUAUAUGUAUAUGUAUAUA